UUGUGUCUUGUCGAGAAUCAGGAAGCCGGCUUAUAAUCAACAAGAGGUUUCUGGAUAUAAGAUAUAUCUAUCUGUUGUUUCUGAUCCAGAAGAAGAAAAGAAAACAUCAUGGGCAAAAAAGACAAGAAGAGCAAGAAGGACGACUACUGGGACACCGCCUUCGAGGACGAUCAGGAGGCCGUGCAGCCCGACGAGUCCGCUGCUGCCCCUGCCGCUGCUCCUGCUGCUGCCGCCACGCCUGAGCCUGAGUCUAAGGAAGCCACUCCUGCGCCUGAGUCGGCUGAAGAUCUGUUCCCUGAGACUACGACCAAAAAAUCAAAUGGAAAGGGAGGCAAGCCCGCCGCCGUCGCUGAUGAUGACGAGAGCGCGAGCGAGAAGGAGGAUUCGGGGCCUACGAUUCAGAUAAAGAGCAAGAAAGAAAAGGAGCGAGAAAAGAAGGAGAAGGAAAAGCUGCGUAAGAAGCAACAGAUGGAGCGAAAGAAAGCUGGCGGUAGUGCCGCACCCGCACCCGCACCCGCUGCCGAGAAGAAGGAAGAGGCCGCUGCUCCUGCUCCUGCUGCAUCUUCCACCCCCGCGCCUGCGCCCACCCCGGCGGCCGCUGGCAAGAAAGGCGGCAAGGCCGAUCCGAAGACGAAGAAGAAAAACGCGAUGCUGGCGGCUUUAGAGAAGCAGGUUGAAGCGCAGCGAGCAGCUGAGGCGGCGCGCAAGCAGGCGGAGGAAGAAGAGCGCCGACGGAUCGAGGAAGAGGAGAGGAUCGCGGCCGAAGAAGAACGGCUUCGUGAGGAAGCUAGGGCGCAGAAGAAAGAGCGCGAGAAGGCGAAGCGUGAGGAGUUGAAGCGGGAGGGCAAGCUCUUGACGAAGAAGCAGAAAGAACAGCUUGCGAUCCAGCAAAGACGGGCGCAGCAGCUCCGUGAAGCGGGUGGGGUUACCAUCGCGGGCUUUGAAGAGAAGGAGGGAGAUGAGGAUAAGAAGUCCAAGAGACCGGUGUACGGCAAGAAAAAGGGCGGCAAGAAGACCGCGGCAAAGACCGAUGAAGAGCAGCCGUCGAGCCUUGCGAGCUCGGUCGCGGACCUCACUUUGGAGGACAAGGAGAAGGAAGCCUCGCAAGCGCCCGCGGAGGAGAAGGAGAAGCCGGCUCCUGCUGCUGAGGCGCCCGCAGGUGAUUCCUGGGAGGACGCGCUCAAGUCUGAUGCUGAGGAGGAUGAGGGCGAGUCCUGGGAGAAACUGCUCGAGUCAGACAACGAAGAAGAAUCCAACUCGGACAGCAACGGCAGCACGGCCAAGACCGAGGUCUCGGACGUGCCCAAGGCUGGCGCGAAGUUGUCGAAUACCGAGCAGGCCGAGGUUGAUGCCGACGAGCUUGCGCGGGCGGAGGAAGAGCGCAAGAAAGUCGAGCGGGCGGCGGAGAUUGCGAGAGUCAAGGCCGAGCAGGAGCAGCGCAAGAAAGUUGCGGGCCAGCGUCGCGACAAGAAGCACAAGGCGGCUCUGGACGCGCGGUCGGCGGAUAACCUUCGCUCGCCUAUUUGCUGUAUUCUCGGUCACGUCGAUACCGGUAAGACCAAGUUGCUGGAUAAGAUCCGACAGACGAACGUGCAGGAAGGUGAGGCCGGUGGAAUUACGCAGCAGAUUGGUGCGACGUACUUCCCUAUCGAGGCGAUCCGCCAAAAGACGGCGGUUGUCAACCAGGACGAGAAGCUCGAGUUCAAGGUUCCCGGACUGCUGAUCAUCGACACGCCCGGCCACGAGUCGUUCACGAACUUGCGCACGCGUGGAUCGUCGCUGUGCAACAUUGCGAUUCUCGUGAUUGAUAUCAUGCACGGCCUCGAGCAGCAGACGCUGGAGUCGAUCCGCCUUUUGCGCGACCGCAAGACGCCGUUCAUUGUCGCGCUCAACAAGAUCGAUCGGUUGUACGGCUGGGAGGCGAUCCCAGACAACGGCGUGCAGGACUCGCUCGCGAAGCAGCCGCGCGCGGUGCAGCGCGAGUUUGAGGACCGCGUGCAAAAGACCAAGAUCGCGUUGGCUGAGCAGGGACUCAACUCUGAGCUCUACUACAAGAACCGGAAUUUGGGCCGGAACGUGUCGCUUGUGCCGACCUCUGCGGUUACGGGCGAGGGUGUGCCGGAUAUGCUGAAGCUGCUGAUUGAGUUGACGCAGAACCGAAUGAGCGAGAAGCUGAUGUAUCUUUCCGAGCUCGAGUGUACGGUUUUGGAAGUGAAGGUUAUCGAAGGUCUCGGCACGACGAUCGACGUUGUGCUGUCGAACGGAGUGUUGCGCGAGGGCGACCGGAUAGUACUGUGUGGUAUGAACGGGCCGAUAGCGACGAACGUGCGCGCGCUGCUGACGCCGCAGCCGCUGCGGGAGAUGCGCAUUAAGUCCGCGUACGUGCACCACAAGGAAGUGAAAGCGGCGCUGGGAGUCAAGAUCGCGGCGAACGAUCUCGAGAAGGCGAUUGCGGGAUCGCGGUUGCUGCUGGUGGGACCGGAUGAUGACGAAGAAGAUCUGAUGGACGAGGUUAUGUCUGAUCUGACGGACUUGCAGAAGAACCUGGAUAAGAGCGGUAAGGGUGUGUCUGUGCAGGCGUCGACGCUUGGAUCGCUUGAGGCGCUGCUUGAUUUCUUGAAGCAGAUGAAGAUCCCUGUGAUGUCGAUCUCGAUCGGACCGGUGUACAAGCGCGACGUGAUGAAAGCGACGACGAUGCUGGAGAAGGCGAAGGAGUUUGCGGUGAUGCUGUGCUUCGACGUGAAGAUCGACAAGGAGGCCGAGGAGUACGCGGAGCAGCAGGGCAUCCGGAUCUUCAGCGCCGACAUCAUCUACCACCUGUUUGACGCGUUCACAAACUACCAAAAGGAACUGCUCGAGGUCAAGCGCAAGGAGACGGCUGCGCAGGCGGUGUUCCCGUGCGUGCUGCACACAAUCAAGGUGAUCAACAAACGCAACCCGAUGAUCAUUGGCGUGGACGUUGUCGACGGCAGUCUGCGCGUGGGCACGCCGAUCGCGGUCGUCAAGAUCGAUCCGGCGACGCAGAUGAGACAGGUGAUGACGCUCGGCCGCGUCGUCAGUCUCGAGGUUAACCACAAGUCUGUGGAUAUCGUCAAGAAAGGCCAGGCGCAGGGCGGAGUUGCCAUGCGUCUGGACUCGCCUGCGAACCAGCCGACGUGGGGACGGCAUGUGGAUGAGAGCGAUAUCAUGUACUCUGAGAUCACGCGGGACUCGAUUAAUACGCUCAAGGAUGCGGCGUACAGAGAUGAUGUUACGAGAGAUGAGUGGUUGCUUCUUCGGCAGCUCAAGAGCGUGUUUAACAUUGCUUAGUUCUGUGUUGAGUUGUUUUGUUAUGAGAGUUAUGAAGAGAUUGUGUUUAAAAUAAAAAG